AUGGCAGCAGACACCACAACGCUGCAAGAUGCAGACCUGCCCAAGCCCUCCCCGGGUCCGACGCCCAAGGGGAAGUACCUCUGCCUCACGAUAUGCGGCUACCGCAAGCCGGGCAUCAGCGAAGAGCAGCUGCGCCACCACAUGGUCCACGUCACCGCACCCCUCACCCAGAAGCUCAUGGUCAAGUACGGCAUCAAGCGGUGGACCCAGAUCCACAACCAGUCCAGCACACGCGCCCUGAUGGCCCGCAUCGGCGGCGACCCGCAGAUGGCCAACAUCGCCGACUUUGACUUCUUCAGCCAGGCCGUGUUCCAGGACAUUGAGGGUUACUGGCGCAUGAAGCAGGACCCGUGGUACAAGGAGCAUCUGGUCGGCGACCACGAGCGGUUUGCGGAUACCACGCGGAGCAAGAUAACGAUAGGAUGGAUCGAGGAGUUUGUGAGGGACGGCGAGGCAGUUGAUGGGUUUGCUGCUUCCUAG